GAGAGGACUGUACCAGGACAAGGUGUUCUGCUUCAUCCAUCUGAGUGUUCAGGAGUUUCUGGCUGCUCUUCAUGUCCAUCUGACCUUCAUCAACUCUGGACUAAAUCCUCUGGUAGAACAACAUACAACAUCCCAGAAUUCUGAAACAAAAGAAUCUGCAGAGACUCUCUUCUACCAGAGUGCUGUGGACAAGGCCUUACAGAGUUCAAAUGGACACCUGGACUUGUUCCUGCGCUUCCUUCUGGGUCUUUCACUGCAGACCAAUCAGAAGCUCUUACGAGGCCUAUUGACACAGACAGGAUGUAUUUCAGAAACCAAUAAGGAAACGGUCCAGUACAUCAAGAAGAAGCUUAAUGAGAAUAUGUCUGCAGAGAAAAGCAUCAAUCUGUUCCACUGUCUGAAUGAACUGAAGGAUCACUCUUUAGUGGAGGAGAUCCAACAGUCUCUGAGAUCAGGAAGUCUCUCCACAGAUAAACCAUCUCCUGCUCAGUGGUCAGCUCUGGUCUUCAUCUUACUGUCAUCAGACGAAGAACUGGAAGCAUUUGACCUGAAUAAAUACUCUGCUUCAGAGGAGGCUUUUCUGAGGCUGCUUCCAGUGGUACAAGCCUCUAACACAGCUCUACUGAGUGGCUGUAGCCUCUCAGAGAGAAGCUGUGAAACUCUGUCCUCAGUUGUGAGCUCUCAUUCCUCUAAUCUGAGACAGCUGGACCUGAGCAACAAUGACCUACAGGAUUCAGGAGUGAAGCUUCUGUGUGUUGGAGUCGCAAGUCAACACUGCAAACUAGAAACGCUAAGACUUACUGACUGUAACCUGACAGAGACAAGCUGUGAAGAUCUGUCCUCAGCUGUGAGCUCCCAGUCCUCUUGUCUGAGAGAGCUGGACCUGAGUAAUAAUGACCUACAGGAUUCAGGAGUGAAACUUCUGUGUGUUGGAGUAGCAAAUGAACACUGCAAACUCGAAAUUCUAAGACUAAGUGGCUGUAACCUGUCAGACCCAAGCUGUGAAGCUCUGUACUUAGUUAUCCACGCCCAAUCAUCUAGUCUCAGAGAGCUUGAUCUGAGUAACAACAACCUGCAGGAUUCAGCAUUGAAGAUACUGAAGACUCCAAACUCGACAAUUAUCAGGGUGGAGCCUGCUGGAGUCCAAUGGUUGAGACCAGGUCUGAGGAAGUAUUCCUGUCAACUCACAAUCAACACAAACACAGUACACACAAACCUCAAACUGUCUGACAACAACAGGAAGAUGACAUAUGUAAGGGAGUUUCAAUCAUAUCCUGAUCAUCCAGACAGAUUUGAUGUUUAUCCUCAGCUGCUGUGUAGAAAUAGUUUGAUUGGUCGCUGUUACUGGGAGGUUGAAUGGAGAGGAAGAGUUGAGAUAUCAGUGAGUUGCAGAAGAAUCAGAAAGAAAGGACGCAGUUAUGACUGUUUGUUUGGAAGGAAUGAUCAUUCCUGGAGUCUGUUGUGCUCUGAUGAUCGUCCUCGUUCUGUCUGGCACAAUAACAGACAAACAUCCAUCUCAUCCUCCUCCUCUGUCUCUAACAGAGUAGCAGUGUAUGUGGACUGUCCUGCAGGCACUCUGUCCUUCUACAGUGUCUCCUCUGACACUCUGAUCCACCUCCACACCUUCAACACCACAUUCACUGAAACUCUUUAUCCUGGGUUUAGAGUCUGGUCUGGAGGUUCGAUGUCUCUGUGUGCACUUGAGUGUAAAGAAUGUCCUCCAGUUAGAGAAACACUCUGAUUGUUGAACAGAUAGUUCAGUCUGUACAUGUCUGUCUCUGUCACUCACAAACACGUUGUCAGAUUCAUGGAUUCAAUCAGUUGAUGUUUUAAACUGUUCUAAAUGAUUCCUUGUAAAUGGCUUGCUCUUCAGUCCCUUAACCUCCUUGGACCUGGUGUCCACAUAUUUGGACAUCACAUUUUUCGUUGUCUUGGCCAAAAUACAACAUUUUGCUCCUCAAGGGCCUAAUAUCCACUCACGAGGACAUUAUACUGGCUCUAUGUUAUCAAAAUGUAAAACUAUCCUCAUGUGGCUCUCUCGUUUUUCCUAGAAACAAAAAUCAGGUAAAACAAAAACUGGUGAUUCUUUGGGACCCAAUGAAUGUAAAAACAAUCAGCCCAAAUAUCAUAGUGAAAUUAAAAAUGUAUGCCAUGGAAGAAUUUGGGUCUUAAGAGGUUAAAGAUGGAAGGUACAAUUAUUCCCGGAUCCACAUUUUAUUUUUAUUUUUCUGCUAACUCGCUGUGAAAAUUUGUGUGUCUCUGAAGCUCCGUUCACAACCUUUAUAUUUCCGUGUUCAACAAGCGUGUUCUGAGCACAUUUAAAUGAAUGCAAAUGUUUGAUUUCUCUUUCUUAAUGUAAUUUUUCUAUCUUGACUGAAUAAGUGGACAUCCAAUUGUACUCAGUGUAUAAAAUAUUAAAGAGACUGAGCAUCU